AUCAGAGGAAGUCAGGAUAGGAACUCAAACACAGCAAGAACCUAGGGGCAGGAGCUGAUACAGAGGCCAUGGAGAGAUGCCUCCUACUCUUCAUGGUUUUCUCAGCCUACUUCAUUAAACAGAAGCUAGGACAGCCAGUCCAAGGACAGUAUCACCCAAAAUGGGCUGGGCCCUCCAUCAAUCACUAAUAAGAAAUUAUCCUAUAAGCUUUUCUAGAGCCCAUGAUUUCCAUAUGAUCUUACAGAAUGAUUUUCUUAAUUCAGGUUCCCUCCUCUUAGAUGACUCUAGCUAGUCAAACUGAUAAAACUAUCCAGCAGACCUGGUUUGCUCCACACUUUUGAUUUAGAAUUGCAUUAAAGUUUCAGCGAUUGUUUAUAGACUGUAAAUCUUACAGCAUAGGAUAGUAUUUUAGAAUUAGAGGACAGUUGAGAGCAUGGUGCCCAGGCCAGUGUAGGUUGCAUAAUAGGAUCUGUCUUAAAAAAACAAUUGAAACAUUAAUAAUUAAAUGAAAAAUAUUUAAUAUGUGUCAUUUCAUAAAUGAUUAAAAUAAUAGCUAAAUAACUGAGUCAAGUAAAUAAAAAAAUGACAUUUCUGAGUAAAACUUAACAGACACUGUGUCUUCCCUUACUUGAAAUCAGCUUGCUUUCAUUAUUUCAUUUAUUGUUUCUGUAUUCUGAUGCUGUGUCUUCAUACACCAAAAAUACAGUGAACAUUACAAUCCACUUAACAAAUUCAGUGUUAACAAUAAAGCUAAACAUUUUAAUGUUAAAUUAUACAUUUUAAAGGUGGUUUUAAUUAAAAAUUAAAAUCUACAGAUGGUUUUACAUGAUAACCAGCUAAAUCAGGAUAUUUUCUAGUGCAUACCAUAUAUGUAACAAAUAUUUCAUUAAUCAAUUCCUUUAUCAUUUUUGUGGUAGAACACAAUAUUCAUUGCAUUUUUAUUUUUCAAAAAUACAGCAUAUUUACUGGGCUUGGUGGUACAGAUCUUCAGUCCUUGGUAAACAGGAAGACCUGGAGUUCAAAGCCACUUGUCCUCAUGACAAGGAAACUGAGCUUGAGAGAAGAAAAGAGACUUGGGUGCCUCACCCACAAAUCUGACAGUUCUGCCCCAGAAACCACAAGUAUGAAUACCAACGACAGUGGUAUCAACUGUCUGUGUGCCAUCUGCGGGGACAGAGCAACAGGAAAGCAUUACGGGGCAUCCAGCUGUGACGGCUGCAAGGGGUUUUUCAGGCGCAGCAUUCGGAAAAGUCACGUUUAUUCCUGCAGGUUCAGCCGCCAAUGUGUUGUUGACAAGGAUAAAAGGAAUCAAUGCAGAUACUGUCGAUUACGAAAGUGUUUUAGAGCAGGAAUGAAGAAAGAAGCUGUGCAAAAUGAACGCGACAGAAUAAGUACCAGAAGAAGUACAUUUGAUGGCAGCAACAUCCCUUCCAUAAACACUCUGGCACAAGCUGAAGUUCGGUCUCGCCAGAUCUCAGCCCCAAGCCCCAGUGCAACUGCUGACAUAAACCUGAAGAGAAUUGCAAGCAUCAGUGAUGUCUGUGAGUCUAUGAAGCAGCAGCUCCUGGUCUUGGUGGAAUGGGCCAAGUACAUCCCUGCCUUCUGCGAGCUGCCCUUGGAUGACCAGGUGGCCCUGUUGAGAGCUCACGCAGGAGAACACUUACUGCUUGGAGCUACAAAGAGAUCCAUGAUGUAUAAAGAUGUUUUGCUUUUGGGAAACAACUAUGUCAUUCACCGUAACAGCUGUGAAGUCGAAGUCAGCCGUGUGGCUAACCGAGUCCUCGAUGAGCUGGUUAGACCAUUCCAAGAGAUCCAGAUAGAUGACAAUGAGUAUGCCUGUUUGAAGGCCAUUGUGUUCUUUGACCCAGAUGCAAAGGGCCUGAGCGACCCCGUGAAGAUUAAGAACAUGCGGUUCCAGGUCCAGAUCAGCCUGGAGGACUACAUCAACGACAGGCAGUAUGACUCCCGGGGCAGGUUUGGGGAGCUGCUCUUGCUGUUGCCCACCCUGCAGAGCAUCACCUGGCAGAUGAUCGAGCAAAUUCAGUUUGUCAAACUGUUCGGCAUGGUCAAAAUUGACAACCUCCUCCAGGAGAUGUUGCUGGGCGGUGCUGCCAAUGAUGGAAGCCAUCUCCAUCACCCAAUGCACCCCCAUUUGUCUCAGGAUCCACUAACUGGGCAAACGAUACUUUUAGGUCCCAUGUCCACAUUGGUUCAUACAGACCAAAUCUCAACUCCGGAAACCCCACUCCCUUCCCCACCCCAGGGCUCUGGUCAAGAACAGUACAAAAUCACUGCGAAUCAGGCAUCUGUCAUUUCACACCAGUCCCUCUCUAAACAAAAGCAGUUGUGAGAAGGUGCUCGCUUCUGAAUGGUACUGUGUAAAUGUGAAACCCAUUGCUCUUGAAAUGUCUCAGGAUGGUACUUUUGCCAACUUUUAGGCAAGGCUUGCUUCUCCAUGGUGCUGUUGUAAGGUGGUAUCCUAUUUUCUUGUUUGUAACCACAUUAUGCUUAUUGUUGCUGUAAAGGAAAGCUUUCACAUGCAACCUCUGUAUAUUUGAAUUUGAAGGUUUUUUUUUUUUUUAUAGUGUAUUGUUUCCAACUAUUCCUGCACUGUGCCCACACUACUGGGAUCUUAUGUAUGGCUUUCUUUCUUUUUUUUUUCAUAAUAUUAAUUUAAAUCUGUAAAUAAUUGCUUUGUUGUAAUGUGGUGCAGAAUUAAAUGUUCUUAUUGGUUAAAAGUAGAUCAGCAACACUAGGUAAUAUAAAAAUAAACCAAUUAUUUUAAAAAAUAAAUUGUAAACUUGAAGAUUAGAGAAGGUGAGUGGUAGCUGUAGACUAGAGCAUUUCUCGAAAAGAUAAUAGUUGGGGCCUUCUGCUACCUACAGCAAAUGUUUCUGUGUUAACUUCAGAGAACUAACGCCAUUUUAAGGAUGACUGGAUAUACUUUGCAAUGUGACUAAAUUUGAAGAGGUCUGCUAAGGGAAGGCAUGUUACUUCUUUUAGUGAUGAUACAAGCCAUAGUAAAACAAAGUCAUGCCAAGCAAUGGCUCAAUAUAGACGGGCAUUCAUGUCUCACUCUUAGGAAAUAGGAAAGUCACUCAUUCAUUAGACUUCGGCGCAUCCCCACACCAGCUCUCUGGGAAACCAGGAAAGUCUUUCUAUGUGAACCUGUGUCAGCUCAGGUUAUACAACUCUGGGAGAAAGGACACCGGAGAACAUGUCUUUGAACACAUUUGUGCAAACCCAGAUCUGGUUGGUUUUAAUGAGAUUGGGUAAGGAUGUGGUUUUUAAAAUAUAUCCAGGCUGACAAUGGAAUAUUAUUUGCCAUGGUGCUCAUGAAUGAAGGUAAUAAGUACACAACUGCUUACAAUAUUUGCAAUGAGGAUAAGAGAUCAGUUUUAUACCUUUUGCAAUCCUCACAUCUUUCCCUAUAAAACUAAAGAACAUAAAAGUACACAAGAUUGGUUUUGAUUACUUAGGGAAAUUUGCAGCAUAGGAAUAUACUGAACAUCUAAUUAUUGACUAAAAAGUAGCCCCAACUAGUUGAUGUAGUACCUACAUCUGGAAUUUAUUUUCAAGGCAUUAAUUAUAGGACACCUUAUGAAGCAGUAAUAGCCCUACCUCUGUGUGUACUUGCUCUCCUUCUCCCAGCCUUUCUUGUUCUUUCCUUUUUAUAUUUACAGAAGUAGUGAAAAUGGUUGAAUACAUAAAUAUAAAUAUUAUUAUAUAAGUAUAUAAAAUCGAAUAUAUAUCAAAAGUUAAAAAGCAUCCAAAGUUGUAAGAUUUUGGGUUAAGGUUUUCCAGGGACCUUCCCAGGUUCUCAGACUAUGAGUCAUUGUUUCCACCUUCCUAGUGGUACAAAGACCAUUUUCAUAUGAACUAACUCGGCUCUAAAAGUGAAGUAGUCUGACAGCUAUCAGCACUUUCAUAGAAUCACCUGUAUUUCUUCAAUUGCAACUACCCUUGUAAACUAAAAUAUAACAUUGAGUGAGUGAGGGGGAAGGCAAAGAGAAAGAGGGGUUCCUUAAUUCUUAAUAUUUUGAAAAUUUACUCUUGUUCCAUGAAACAAGCAAGUAACUAAAUCUCAUGAGUAUAAAUAUCAUUUGUAGGUUUUGUUUCCUUCUUUAAUGUUACUCUCCUAAAAUAAAAAACUAGUCUACCUGGGCCACUAUAAGAAAAUACGAUAUACUGGGAAAAGUAAACAACAAAAAUUUAUUUCUCAUUGCUGUCCAUGUUAGGAAGCCCAUAAGCAAAGAAUUAUCAGAUUCUCUCUCUGAUCUAUAGAUGGCUAUUUGUGAAACAACUCUCAGGGACCACUUUUGUAAGAAUACCAUUCUCCCUCAUGCAGGCUCAGCCCUCGUGACCUCUUUACCUUCCAGUAUCCCCAUCUCUGCAUAGCAUAUUUUUGACUGUGUAGCAACAUAAGUGAGGAGGCAUUUGGGCAUUCAGACCAUGGCAAAUCAUCUAAAAACACAGAAUAUAAAAUUUAUAUUUUGGUGAAUAAUGUGUUCAUAAAAAUUUAUGAAAAAGUUAUGUUUAAAAAACUAUUGCUAAUAACUUUGUUUUGAUAACUAUUGUCAGGGAAUUUGUAAUAUAGUAUUUUUAUACAUCAAGCUGCCAGAAAUGGUGGACAAAGAAGAACUGAUGUUUUCAAUGUAUUAUCAUGAUAUUGUUAAGAAAAGUCAUUGCUUUUAUAAAAUACACUUUUUCAGGUGACAGAUAUAAAUAAUUUAUUGUGAGAUAACAAUUCAUUUUAUAAAUGCAAAAUUAUUUUUAUAAAUUUCAUUGUUGAAAAUCAGAAAUGAGUAACUUUUUAAAUGUUGAAUUACAGUGAGAUUAAAAUAUUUCUAAACUGUGAUGCCUGUUUUACUGAGCUUUCUAAAUAAAAACUGAGAAAAUAUAGCUAAAAUGGGAUGCUUCAUUAGUAUUUAAAACUAUUUUUAUCACUUUGGAAAUACAUUGCCAUUUGUAUUGUCAGUGUGUUAUAUUGCUAUAGAGUCGUCUUUAGGCAGCAAAGAUUGAUAUUUAGCAUAUAUAUACAUACAUACACACAUAUAUGUGUAUAUGUAUAUGUAUAAAUACCUCUAUUUGUAUACCUGGGUUUGAUUUCUAAUUUGGUACCAGUAAUUGAUAAAUAUGACCAAAAUAGCCAACUGUUAAUCUAAUAGUGUGUUAAUAGUGUGUUAGUCUUUUCAGUUUCUGUGAUUAAUC